AUGCCAGACGACGAAAAAUCCAGCGUGGAUGAAGAAGCAGUCGACCUAAAGAAGUACCACAUCCCAGAAGGUGCAGACCCGAUGUACACCCUCACCCAUCUGCCGAAUCACACUGAGAAAUGGUGGUUCCGGGACCCUGGUAUGCGCCGCCUGUCCCUUGGCAUCUUUGUUGGCUUCUGCACCAGUAUUAUUGCCGGAUACGACAGCGCCCUCAUGUCGGGCCUCUUGGCCAACGACCGCUUCAUGGACGACCUCGGGAACCCCAGUCCGUCCAUUCUGGGCACCUUGGUCGCUUCCCAGUCCAUCGGCUCGCUGCCUGGUCUCCUCCCAGCAGUGUACGUCUCGGACAAGCUGGGCCGUAGGAAGGGUAUGGCGUUUGGCUACAUUAUCCUGAUGGGCGGUGCCAUGACGCUCGCAUUCACCCAGGGUCCAUGGACGUUCUUUGCUGGCCGGUUCGUCAUUGGCAUGGGCCUCGGCUGGAACACGGUCUGUGGCGGCCCCUACACCGCCGAGAUUGCGCACCCGCGCAACCGUGCGGUGACCACGGCACUCAUCAUGAGCUGUUUCUACGUCGGCAGCAUCGCGGCCGUGUGGGUCGUGUUUGGGUGUUUGCAGAUUGUGGGCGAUUCAGAUUGGGCAUGGCGGGCGCCAUUGGCCUCCCAGUGCUGUCUGCCCAUCAUCGUGCUCGCGUGCCUGCCCUGGAUCCCAGAGUCGCCUCGCUGGCUCAUCCGCCACGGCCACGAUCGCGAGGCACACGACAUGCUGGCCAAGUACCACGCCAAUGGAGACUGGCACGACCCCCUGGUUGUCUACGAGAUGGAAGAUAUCAAGACGGCCAUCGCGAUCGAGCACCUCGGCGACCACACGACGUGGAGCACAUUUGUCAAGACGAAGGGGAACCGUUGGCGCUUGGGGAUCAUCCUCACCGCGGGUAUCUGUUCCCAGUGGGUCGGCAAUGGUAUGUUUUCAGCGGUAAAUGAAGUCACAAUUGCCAUCCUGGAGACCGUCGGCGUCAACCAGUCCAGUUAUCAACUCUUGUUCAAGGCCGGUCUCAAAACCUGGGGAUGGUUCUCGUCGGUUGCCGGUUCCCUCGUGUGCGAGCACUUUGGCCGUCGCAAGAUGUGGCUCACAUCAGCCAUUGGCCAGUUGAUUGCGUACGCUGUCAUCACAGGUUGCUCGGCGCUGUACACCCAAGGCAAUGACAGAGCAGGACCCGCAGUGCUCACGUUCAUCUUCGUCUACCUUUCGUUCUUUGCCCUCGCCUUUAGCGGUCUCACCCUGGCGUAUCCCAUCGAAAUCCUUCCAUACAGCAUGCGUAGCAAGGGCGUGUCCAUCCUCCUCAGCGCUUCGCUCUUUGCCAACUGCCUCAACGUCUACAUCACACCCAUAGCUCUCCAUACCAUCGAGUGGCGUUUCUACUUUGUCUUCAUCGGAGUUCUCACCGUCACCAUCCCCAUUAUCUAUUUCUACUUUCCAGAGACAAAGGGCCAUAUGCUCGAGGAGAUUGCAGAGAUCUUUGACGGGGAGCGUCCGUGUCGCGGGGGUGGGGCCUCCGAACGCAAAUCCUCCUUGGCGAGGCGCAAGGGUGUCGGUGUCAACUUUGAGAGAACUCGCUACGCCUCAACGACUGUCGCUUCGCUAGGAUACCGCAACACGCUCGCGGAGCUGCCGAUGGGAGCCCAUGCCGAUUGA